AUGUCUCCAGACGGCACAGUCACCUCGCCUACCGGUUCUACAACGACCCGAGCUAGCCGUUCGCCCGAUUCGCCAGGGAGCCCUGCAAAGGACAAGGGGAAAGCCAGACAAGUGGAUGAGUUGCCAAACGAGGCCUCACUACCUCUGUCUCAGCAGCCUAGAGAUGAGGGGGAAGAUGAAGACGAUGUCGCGCUGCUCGUGUACGAUCAGGCGCAUCUCGCAGGACCGUCGGACGCGAGCCCAGAGCACAGUUCGGCAGGUGCGAGCAGGCUGAGGCGAAGCACACUCGGUAGACCUGCCAGUCUUGUCUCGGCAAAGACAAUAGGCGCAGGCGCCAAUACGCUCGUCAACCGACUCAGUAUGGCCGUCGACACCGUUUCGCACAGAGUCGCGCAUAGUCUACAGACCGCAGGCGCAGAGGUCUUGCCUCACACCGCGUCCAAUGGUCAUACUCAUCCCGCAAGCACAUCCGCUUCGCGCCGCUCGAGAGCGAGAGCAACGCAGUCUUUGCACUUGGCGCCAGAAGAGCUCGAGAGCAUGUAUAGCCCACCACUGACCGAGCUGGCGCUCAAGACCUUGUCCACGAGUCACAAGAGCCCGCUUGCGCGGCAGGCCGGACUCACGCCUCCCAGAGCGCAUGACGCCCAGUCUCUAUCGAACCGCACGUCCGAUACAGCUAGUACGAUGCGACCGCAGGAGAACCUCGACGAGCUCGAUUACCUUACAAGGUCAAGCGGUGCGCCCUUGCCGCCCACACCGGGUAUCCCCAGAUCGCAGCGCAUAUCCAAGCCGCAGGUCAUUGUCACCUCGACCGAGCCGUACGAUCGCCAGGAGCCUUCAUCGUGGGAAUCACCCACGCGCCUCAGGCCUCCAAGAGAUAUGGAAAAGGGUACAGAAGGCAAUGCAGACAGCGACGACGAUGAUGAUGAAGAGGCAGAAGAGGAUGAUAACGUCUCUGUCCUGGCGGUCGACACACUCAACAAGGGUACACAAGGCAGGGGAGGCUGGAAGAUGAUCGGCAUGAGCACAGACGGCACGAGUCGUUUCGAGCCCCUCACUUGGCUAGAAGUUACCGUCGUGUCACUCUCAGGUGUAGGCAUCGCGGCAGUGUCAGCUGUAGCUGUUGUCAUCGUCGUACGCGGAUGA